AUGUCAAUACGGCGACUGCUACCUCUGGGGAUCUUCCUGUGGCCCGUCUCGGUCUGGCCAAAUCCCACUGAAUGUGUUCAUUCACCACAGGCGAGAGGUCGCUGGCUCCCUGGCUUCGAUAUUCAUACCGACUAUGAAAAGAAAAUUCCGCCUAGUAAACUAGUUGAGCACGAGCUUACCGUGUCCAACCAAGUCAUCGCUCCGGAUGGAUACCUGACCAAUGGAGGUGGUCAAUGGUAUCGAUACCUAGGACGUACCAUUGAGGCCAAUUGGGGCGAUACUCUGCGGUCGUCGCAAGUCUACGAGUUCAGACUUAUGCAGUAUGGCACCUCGUGUUAUCAUUCCCACUUCAGUAUCCAGUGGGCGAUAAAAAUCAACGGACCAAGUAGUAUGGACUACGACGUCGACCAGGGCCCGAUUCUCAUGAGCGAUUGGUACCAUGCCGAUGCUUUCGCACUGUAUCCUACCGAGAUCCUGACACCAGAGGCGCCCAUCCCAGGGACUAAUGUCAUGAAUGGCAAAGGGGUCUUUGACUGCGAUCCUUCCGAGGCCCCCCGAUGUACUGGAAAGCACGAGCGACACGAGAUCGCCUUAAAAAGGGGACCACAUAGAGACUUGAAUGACUUUGUGCCCAUCCAACCGUAUGAGACGGAUGUUUUGAUCGUUGGCAUCGAACGCUAUGAGAUUCUGAUCACAGCGGAUGCCGAAUUCACCAACGGGACCAACUUUUGGAUGCACGCCAACUACUGUGACAUUGGCACUUGGGAGUCCCGACUCGGCAUCAUCCGAUACGGUGCCCUGAAUACCAGCGAUCCCUAUACGCCUCCUGUGAGCGAGCAGCACUACGGAUUCGGUUUUCAGGAUCCCCCGCCAGAGAGUCUCGUCCCUAUUGUGAAGAGGCAGGUGGGUAAAAACAUGAACAGCUUCGAUACACCCGACUACCUGCGCAUUGGAUUGCAGGCGUGGCCUAACGUGUCGGAUCCCAACUCGCGCAUCCACACCUUGCUCCUAACCAACCGGAGCAUAUGCCUCGACUGGUCCGAUCCCAGUCUUAAGAAACUCACCUUGGACGCCAAUCCUGAAUUUCCACCCGAGACGUCACCCGUCACGCUACAACUUUCAGACUGGGAACUGGGUGUACUUCCUCAUCCUGAACAACUACACAUUAAGCGAUGCUGCCACCCCUCAAACCAUCCUCGGUCGGUCCAUCCUAUCCACCUGCACGGCCAUGACUAUGUCAUUCUGGCCCAGGGUGAGGGACCCUUCCCCGACGAUGUGGUUCCCAAUCUAGAUAACCCCGCCAAGAGAGACGGAUAUUAUAUAUGA